UCCCGGCGCUGCCCUGCUGCGGUGUGGAGCGGGUAACCUGAGGGACCCGGACGGGAGCUGAGCCGAGGGGGACCCUCGCGAGCGAGCCGUCUGGAAUCGGGAGCGUGGAGGCUGACGGCGGGAGGGGGCGUCCCGACUCCCAUCCCUGGAGGGACUACGCACCGGGGCCCGCACUUUUUCUUUACACUUUUGAACAAAACUGAGGAACUAAAGACUGAAGACUGGACUGAAGCUGUUAUGAUGACUGUAAGAGAAGUGAGAGUCAAAGGAAAGUACAAUUUGUAUUGACUGAACUUUAAUGAGAAGAAUUGUGAACAUCUAGAAUUUUCUUCAAGGAAUGGAAUUAGCUCAUAGUUUAUUGCUGAAUGAAGAAGUAUACAAUCAACUGGGUGAAGUUCAGAAGGCAGAGUUUAUUUUCGAUUGGUUGAGAUAUUUGGAGAAGCUCUUGCUAGCAACCAGCAGGAGCGAUGUAAGGGAGAAGCAGAAGACUCUUGUUGAACAGCUCCUAUCUUUGUUGAACAGCUCCCCAGGGCCUCCGACGCGCAAACUCCUUGCAAAGAAUCUGGGCAUCCUUUAUAGUAUUGGAGACACGUUCUCUGUUUAUGAAACAAUCGAUAAAUGUAAUGAACUUAUUCGUAGUAAAGAUGAUUCUCCAAGUUAUCUCCCCACUAAACUUGCUGCUGUGGUAUGUUUGGGCUCCCUGUACAAGAAGUUGGGUAGAAUACUGGGUAACACCUUUACUGAUACAGUGGGGAACAUUCUUAAAGCUAUGAAGAGUGCAGAGUCUCAAGGUCGUUAUGAGAUUAUGCUGAGUCUGCAAAACAUACUGAACGGGCUAGGAACUGCUGCGACACCUUGUCACAGAGAUGUUUAUAAAGCUGCUAGAUCGUGCUUAACAGAUAGGUCCAUGGCUGUUCGUUGUGCUGCUGCAAAGUGUCUCCUUGAACUUCAGAAUGAGGCCAUCUUUAUGUGGAGUACAGAUUUGGAUAGUGUGGCCACAUUAUGUUUUAAAUCCUUUGAAGGUUCCAGUUAUGAUGUGCGGAUUUCAGUUUCAAAGCUACUAGGCACCAUAUUAGCUAAAGCUUUAAUUUCUAAACAUUCAGGAGCAGCAGCCUCACGUCAAAGUAUUCGCAGAGUAUCUUUGGAGGAAGUUCUUGAAUUACUAGGAACAGGGUUUCUUCGUGGGAGCUCAGGAUUCCUUCGAGCCAGUGGUGAUAUGCUAAAAGGAACCAGUUCAGUCAGUAGGGAUGUUCGAGUUGGAGUUACUCAGGCAUAUGUGGUAUUUAUUUCAACACUAGGUGGAACAUGGUUAGAGAAAAAUUUUGCUGUAUUUCUUUCUCAUAUCCUAAGCCUUGUGUCACAGUCACACCCUAAAGCCACUCAAAUUCAGACUGAUGCUGUCUGUGGUCGCCGAUGUGUUUCAUUUAUCCUUCGAACUACUAUCGGAGGCCUUCUUGGAGAAAAGGCUCAGAUUGCUGCUGCCAAGGAUAUUUGCCAGGCUAUCUGGAAGUUAAAGAAAGUCGUGGAUGCUGCAAUGGGUGAUGGUAAUUUGGAAACCCGACUUGGUUCCACAGAUGUCACAGCCAGCCAGCAUAUGUUGGUGUGUGCUUUACAAGAACUUGGAAACCUCAUACACAAUCUUGGUACCACAGCUGCACCUUUACUACAGGAUUCAAGUGCAGGCAUUCUAGACAGUGUCAUUUCCGUUACUCUUCAUCCUAGCAUUUCAGUCCGACUGGCAGCAGCUUGGUGUUUACACUGCAUUGCUGUAGCAUCACCGUCUUACCUAACACCCCUCUUAGACCGUUGCCUUGAGCGGUUGACUGUACUUAAGUCUUCACCAGAAGCAGUUACUGGCUUUAGUUUUGCUGUGGCAGCUUUGUUGGGAGCAGUAAAACAUUGUCCUUUAGGAAUUCCUCAUGGAAAGGGCAAGAUUAUUAUGACUUUAGCAGAGGACUUGCUAUGUUCUGCUACACAAAAUAGUCGUCUUUCAGCACAGCGCACACAAGCUGGAUGGUUAUUGAUUACUGCUCUGAUGACGUUAGGUCCUGCAGUGGUGAGUCACCACCUCGCUCGAGUUCUGCUAUUGUGGAAAUGUGUCUUUCCAAUAUCUCCUAAAGAUUUAGAAACAGAAAAGAGUCGAGGAGAUUCAUUUACAUGGCAGGUAACCUUGGAAGGACGAGCGGGAGCACUCUGUGCUAUCAAGAGCUUUGUUUCCCAUUGUGGUGAUCUCCUUACUGAAGAAGUAAUUCAGCAUCUUCUUCCACCACUUCCUUGUGCUGUGGAUUUGCUAACCCGGCUUUCUUCAAUAUUAAAAACAUACGGAAGUCCUUUGAGAAUGCCAUCAGUAGUUUAUAGACAAAGACUUUAUGAACUUUUAAUUUUAUUACCUCCUGAAACCUAUGAAGGAAACCUAUGCACUGUCCUCAAAGAAUUGGCUGCUGACUUGACCACCACUGAUACACAGGUGGUAGCAUCCACAUUUUUGCUUCCAUCCCUCUGUCAUCAGGAUGAUCUUAUGAUAUUAAGUCCUUUGUUACAAGAGACGGACCAUAGAUUUAUUGAAGAACAGCUCCUGCUUGGUAAUGGUGUUACUUGUGGAAGUCUCGAGUAUGACCCUUAUUCUAUUUAUGAGAAGGAUGUAGAGGGAGAUUCAGUGCCUAAGCCCUUGCCCCCAAUGUUGUCGGUUAUUAGCUCUGCAGUCAAGCUCUUUGGAAUUGUAUGUGCUCAUGUGGGAGAAACUCAAAGGCUUCUCACAUUGGAACAACUUCUGGACAGUAUAAAGCAUGCAAAAGGAACUCGUCAGCAAGUAAUUCAGUUAUAUGUUGUUUCGUCAGUAUCUAGUUUCUUGAAGUAUGUGGCUGGUUCCAAGAGAAAUUUGGGUCCAGAAGAAAUGAGAAGACCUACUCUAGCAUUAGUGGUGGGAGCUUUAGAAAGUCCCAACCCCUUGUUGAGAUGUGCAGCUGCAGAGGCAUGGGCUCGAUUAGCCCAAGUGGUUGAUGAUGGAACUUUUACCGCUUCAUUAGCACAAAUUAGUUUUGACAAACUGAAAUCAGCAAGGGAUGUGGUUACCAGAACAGGACACUCACUAGCUUUAGGAUCCUUACAUAGGUAUUUAGGAGGAAUAAGUUCCUCUCAACAUUUGAGUUCUUGUGUUGGAAUUCUAUAUACUUUGUCUCAGGACAGCACUUCUCCAGAUGUGCAGACCUGGGCACUACAUUCUCUAUCAUUGAUAAUUGAUUCUGCUGGCCCACUUUACUAUACACACGUGGAACUUACCCUUUCUCUUAUUAUAAAGUUGUUGUUAAAUGUACCUCCUACUCAUGCUGAAGUUCACCAAAGUCUUGGUCGCUGUUUGAAUGCCCUCAUUACUACAUUGGGUCCAGAGCUACAAGGUAACAGUACUUCAGUUUCUACCUUAAGGACUUCUUGUCUAUUGGGUUGUGCAGUAAUGCAAGAUAACUCAGACUGCCUUGUUCAAGCUCAGGCCAUCUCUUGCCUUCAGCAGCUUCAUAUGUUUGCUCCAAGACAUGUCAACUUGUCUAGCCUCGUCAGCUGCCUCUGUGAGAUCUUGUUGGAUAAUUCUGUGUUGGUAAAUCUUUGUAGUCCUUAUUUGUUACUAAGAAGAGCAGUACUGGCUUGUUUGCGUCAGCUUGUGCAGAGAGAAGCAACUGAAGUUUCGGAACAUGCUAUUAUGCUUGCUAAGAAUUACAGAGAAGACUUGGCUCUAGAUGCUAACAUCAGAGAAGUGGGCCUUGAGGGGGCUUUAUUGACCUUACUAGACAAAGAGACAGAUCAGAGAUUAUGCCAUGAUAUCAAAGAGACUUUAAAUCAUAUGCUCACAUCUAUGGCAGUGGAUAAGCUCUCCUUUUGGCUAAAGCUGUGUAAAGAUGUACUUGCUGCAUCCGCUGACUUUGCCAUUGUAACUUGUGUGGAUACAAUGCAAGAAGAGGAAGGAGAUAAAGGGGAUGAUGCUUCAGUUCUGACAACCAGGAGUGAUGACAAAUUCCAUCCUUUUACCAAUCCCCGAUGGGCUACUAGAGUUUUUGCUGCUGAAUGUGUCUGUAGGAUAAUUAACCAGUGUGAGAAUGCAAACAGUGCACAUUUUGACAUUGGUUUAGCACAAGAAAUGAAAAAAAGAGAUUCAAGAAAUGACUUUUUGGUGCUACAUCUUGCCGAUUUAAUUCGCAUGGCUUUUAUGGCAGCCACAGAUCACAGUGACCAGCUUCGUCUUUCUGGCCUUGAAAUGUUGUUAGUUGUUAUUCGGCGAUUUGCAGCUAUUCCAGAACCAGAGUUUCCAGGUCAUGUAAUUCUGGAACAGUAUCAAGCCAAUGUAGGAGCAGCACUUAGACCAGCCUUCACCUCAGAGACACCACCUAAUGUCACUGCCAAGGCAUGUCAGGUUUGCAGUGCCUGGAUAGCAAGUGGAGUUGUAAGUGACCUUAAUGAUCUCCGAAGAGUUCAUCAGUUGCUUGUUUCAUCAUUAACAAAAAUUCAGGCUGGAAAAGAAGCUUUAAGUCACAUAUAUAAUGAAAGUGCUUCUACCAUGGAGAUCUUAGCGGUGCUAAAAGCCUGGGCAGAGGUCUAUGUAGUUGCUGUAGAAAAAUACAAAAACCACAAACAACCUUUGAAGACUACUACCUGUUCAGAAGAAAAUAUCAGAAAUGGGUCAUUUUCAUCAGAUGGACUGCUUGACUUAGUCCACACAGACUUGAGCACACUAAGUAGACUCUGGCUUGCUGCGCUUCAGGAUUUUGCUCUCCUAACUUUGCCUGCAGAAUUUUCCUCCCAACUUCCUGUUGAAGGUGGUGCUUUCUACACAGCAGAGACCAGUGAAAAUGCAAAAUUGCAUUAUUAUAACUCCUGGGCAUUUAUUCUCCAUGCUACAGCACUGUGGCUUACAAGCACAGACUUUGUUGUUGCUGACUCAGAUGAAGGAGCAUCAAAUCUCUCAAGACCUGUAACACCAACUUCCAUGUGUCAGGGUUCAUCAUCUGGGGCUACAGUGAAGUCCCCUGAGGAUAUCUACACUGAUAGGUUCCAUCUUAUUCUAGGAAUCAGUGUGGAAUUUCUUUGUUCCUUACGCUCAGAUGCAACCAUGGAAAGCAUUGCUGCUUGUUUACAUGCAUUACAGGCCCUUCUAGAUGUUCCUUGGCCCAGAUCUAAAAUUGGCAGUGAUCAGGACUUGGGUAUCGAGUUGUUGAAUGUACUGCAUCGAGUUAUUUUGACCAGAGAAUCACCUUCCAUUCAAUUGGCUUCACUUGAAGUGGUAAGGCAGAUCAUCUGUGCAGCUCAAGAACAUGUGAAGGAGAAAAGACGAAGUGCAGAAGUUGAUGAUGGGGCUGCGGAAAAAGAAACCCUGCCAGAGUUUGGAGAGGGAAAGGACACAGGUGGACUUGUGCCUGGGAAGUCUUUGGUCUUUGCAACACUGGAGUUGUGUGUAUGCAUUCUAGUUAGACAGCUCCCAGAACUAAAUCCUAAAUUGACAGGUAGCCCAGGAAUAAAAGCUGCAAAACCACAGAUGCUGUCAGAGGAUGGAAGUAGAUUGGUUUCAGCUGCAUUAGUUAUCCUCUCUGAACUUCCUGCUGUCUGCUCUCCUGAAGGAAGCAUCUCAAUUCUCCCUACUAUAUUAUACCUCACAAUUGGGGUCCUCAGAGAAACUGCUGUGAGGUUACCUGGGGGCCAUUUGUCUUCAACGGUUGCAGCUUCCCUACAGGCUCUGAAAGGAAUAUUAUCUUCUCCCAUGGCCCGAGCAGAAAAGAGUCAUAGUGCUUGGACUGAUCUUCUCCGUAGUGCUUUAACAACGAUUCUUGACUGUUGGGAUUCAGAUAAAACACACCAGGAACUUGAUGAAGUCAGCCUACUUACUGCUAUCACAGUCUUUAUGUUGUCUGCCAGUCCAGAAGUAACUACCAUCCCAUGCCUUCAGAAGCGCUGUAUAGAGAAAUUUAAGACUACUCUUGAGAUAAAAGACCCUGUGGUACAAAUCAAGACCUAUCAGCUCCUCCUUUCCAUUUUCCAGUAUCCAAAUCCAGCUGUUUCCUACCCAUACAUUCACUCUUUAGUAUCCUCUAUUGUGGAAAAACUGCAGGAAAUAGACAAGAGGAAACCUGAAGAUACAACCGAGCUUCAGACAUUUCAAGAAGGUAUAAAAGUCUUGGAAGCACUGGUAGCCAUUGCAGAAGAACAGCAUCGUGCUCAGCUGGUGUCCUGUCUUCUGCCCAUCCUUAUUUCCUUCCUUUUAGAUGAAAAUACUCUGGGAUCAGCAACUUCCAUAAUGAGAAAUUUACAUGAUUUUGCUUUGCAAAAUCUUAUGCAGAUUGGGCCUCAGUAUUCGUCUGUUUUUAAAAGUGUAAUGGCUGCUUCUCCAACCCUGAAAGCCCGCCUUGAGGCUGCUAUAAAGUGUAAUCAAGAGAGUGUCAAAGUAAAGAUACCAACAUCUAAACAUACUAAGAACCCUGGAAAGAAUUCAAGCAUCCAGUUGAAGACCAAUUUCCUCUAAUGUUGUUAUUAUUAUUAUUAUUAUUAUUAUUUUAAUACUAAGCACCUUAAGAAACUGCUUGUUCAUUUCCUUCUCUUUGGGAACAAAAGUGACAUUUUAGACACAAGUGCACUUGGCGGUCUGGUUGAUUGCUUUAUCUUAAAUUGUUGUAACACUUCAAAGUAAUAUAAAACUUAAUUUUUGGUGAGUUUUUUCCAUUUAAUAAAAAACACAGAUCUGCAGAAUUCUUGCCAGAAAUUUUAAGAAAGUGCUAAAAAAACAACUUACUAAACAACGUACUGUUUCAAAAAUGAAAUGGAUUUCUUACAGUACAUACACACAUGGUAUUAAUACUACAGCAGAUAGAAAUGAUCUAGAAUAAAUUAUCUGCAUUUAUAUUGUACCUCAACGGUAAUUUAAAUUCUGCUUUAUUCAGUAAUUGUAUUAAACUUUAUUGCAUAUCUCAAACAACAUAAAUGAUUGGAAAGUUAUUUAGGAAAUUUGGUUUAGAAUAACAACAGGUCAUUUGUAGCCCUACAGUGUGUCAUAAAUUUGGUAUCUUUAAAUGUGACUGUUCACCAUGAUUUCAUUUGUAUUGGAUUCAGAAAAUUGAAAUUUUACCCAUUUUAUGUAGAAAAAGACAUCUCUACUUCAAUUUUUCAGUUGGAUUUCUGUUACUUCUGUUCCUAAUAAUAUUGUUCUUUUUCCUUUAGGCAAGCUAUACUGAUGAGUUCAGUAUAGUUCAUGUCUAUAUUUAGGUCUAUUAUGAAUUUAUAAAAUAUCAAAUUUAGUACAAACUUAGAUCAUCAGUAAAUAUAAGUCUUUUUAACAUAAAAUUUUAAUAGAAAAUUUUAAAUCUAAGAUUAAAGUCAUAUUGAUUGAAGAAUAUUUUUAACUAUCAUUAACUCUCCCCCCACCUCACUGUUAGACUCUGAAUCAAGUACUAUGUCACAACAAAGCAUUUCCCUGUUAAAAUUAAAAACCAAAGUAAUAGGGGCAUGUUCAGAACUGAGAAAACACUUGUAGUUAAACAAGCAAUGUAAUGUACUCUAUUUUAUUAUUUUUGUAUGUAUAUAUAUGUAUAUAUAAACACAUAUAUAUACUCUUGUAAAUUGUUGAAUAUGAAAACACUUGACAAGUUCUAACACUACAGUCAAUUUUUCUAAUUUACAUAAAUAAAGCUAAUUUUCUUACCAUUCUUGUAAUUGAAAUUAAUUUACCCACAAAAGAUGGCUGGUCAGUCUUAUAGAUGCCAGAAAAUCAGUUCUCUGCAACAAAUAAUAACCUUUCUAACAUGGCUUUUUUUCUGACAGGAACUCUCUUUGGACAUUCUUUGCAGUGGUUCAGAUGCCCUAGGUCCCAGAUUAUCUUUGUGAGUUUGGGUAGAUACCAUUUCCUUCACCUAACUGUCCUCUCCUUUAUGCUAUAUGAAGACCCCCCCACACACACACACACACACACUCACAUUUCUGAAAGGCCUGGUUUAAAAUGUUACUUACUUUUGGUAAUUUCCUUAUAAUUCUUUACUUCCUCUUAAGCCAAACAAAUGUAACUGCUACUUAAUCUGUGUUCCAGUAGUGCCUUAUACAUUCUAGGUACUAUAUCAACUGUUGGAUUGAACUGGUAGGAUGGAUUUUAGCUUACAAAUUUCCUCCUUUGCCAAGGCAAAUGAUGGACUGGGUCUUUAGAAUAUUGGUUUUGUUAAUUGAGGUUACUUUACAAUACUGUAUAGUAUAUUUUAGAUGUACAGUUUUUCAUUUCAGUAACUAUAUGUCACACCAUGCCUAUCACUAAAUGUUCCAUCACCAUUUAUCACCUUCCUCUAUCAACCAAUCAGCCUCCCUUUUCCUAUUCUCUCGGUACUCACCCCAUUUGGUAAUCACCAUUGUCAUUGGUUUUAAGUGUUUCUUUUGUUUGUUCUUUUGUUCAUUUAUUUUAUCUUUGCAUUCCAUAGA